AUGGCGGAGUGUACAUGUUUGGCUGAGGACUUCAAUGAUGAAAGCGAUCCAAUGGAGGCCUUGCUCGCCCGGCACAGGAAAGAAAAGAAAGCCUUAAAAGAAAAAACAUUGUCUAUGAAAAAGACCGCGAAAUCUGGGAAUAAGCAGAAGCAAAAGGAGACGAAUGCUGAGAUUGAACGACUAGAAAAUGAAAUAGCUGCUAGACACGAAAAAGAGAUUGCCAUUCUGAAGUCCUCAAAAUGUGAAGAACCUUCCGCUAAACCAAACUCUUCCUCUGAACCUGCCAGAUCAGAUUUAGACGGAUUGGAACAGUCAUUCUAUAAGGAAGUUCAGGUUUCGUCAAGAAACAAGAAAAAGCAGGCCAAGAAAGAUGAAGCAGUUCGUCGUAUGCAGGAGGCUGUGCAGAAGGAUCGCGAGAAUGCCGCAACUUCAUUACGCGUUACAGAAAUGGCUGCUAUUCAGAAGAUUCUCGAUGAGCGCGGACUCAGCCUGGUUGAUAUUGCUCCAGAUGGAGAUUGUCUUUAUAAUGCAGUUGCUAACCAGUUAUCCCGUGUGAAAGGUUAUGAACAGGUCACCGGUAAGGAUAUGCGCCGCCGGGCUGCGAAGUACAUGAGGGAAAAUAAGGAUGCUUUCAUACCGUUCCUAACCAAUGAAAGCGACGAUCCAUUGGAUGAGUUUGAAUUCGAAAAAUAUUGCUUUGGAGUAGAAAAUGAAAGCAAAGAUGGUGGUGUAUGGGGAGGAGAACCAGAACUGAAUGCACUCAGUCAAAGCCUUGAGAGAAGUAUAGAGCUUAUCCAACCAGUAGGACCGGCAGUGAUCUUCGGCGAAGAUUAUAAGAAGACAAAACCUUUGAUAAUAGUGUACCAUCGACAUGCUUACCAAUUAGGAGCUCAUUAUAACUCAACAACUGUCAAAACGUUGGCAUAG